AUGUCACUGCCAUCCACUGCGUUGGCUUCAGGGGUCAUAGUCAUGGUCAUGAACGUGGAGUUCUCCUUGGUCUGGCCGGAUGCAUUGGAAUUGGGGCUCCCAGCCACCUUAGCCCUCAGCUUUGCGCCCAGCGGCUGCAGGAAUGGAUACGCCCUGGAGCUCUGCCAGGGUCUUGGUGUGUCCAAAGACAUGGAGCAGAAGUGGUGGAACGUGCUGAAGAAUCGUUACACAGAGUCGCAGAGAGCUUACCACACACUGUCUCACUUGGAUGAAAUGUUUGGCUUCUUUGAGGAACAUUUGAAACUGAUCUCCGAUGCUGCAUCUGUGAGCCUGGCAAUCUUUUUCCACGAUGUGAUCUAUGAUCCGAAAGCUGGGAGUCCGCAGAAUGAGAUCGACAGUGCCGAUGUUUUCGACCACUUUGUCCAGGAAGCCUUACCUGGUGGCAGUGAACGAGGAUUUAGAGCUAUGAAGGUGAGGAGAUGGAUAGUGCAAACAGCUCAUCACAAAUGUACAGAGGAUGAUGAGAUGGAUUGCAAACUCUUCAUGGACUUCGACAUGGCAGUCUUAGGCCGGCCGUGGCCGCAGUAUGAAGCAUACAGUCAACAGAUUCGUCAAGAGUAUUCUCACGUCUCAGAGGCCCUGUAUUGUGCAGCGCGCGGAGCCUUCCUCACCUCCACUGCAACGGACUCUCGGUCCAAGAUUUUUGCCACCGACAUCUUCCGCAAUGAGCGUGAGAGGCAGGCCAUGGAGAAUGCUGCGCAGGAGGCUGAGGUGCUUCGGGCCAAGCUUGACCGCUGCUCGCUUAUUGCCCGAAUAGGUGCGAGCAUUGCACUUCGCUUGAAGGCACUUGCAAGCGCGAAUUGGUCCAGCUGGUCCAAGCUCACAGGAGUGAGUGCUGUAGGGCUGCUGGCCGGUUCUGCAAUUGUGGCUGCGCCGGUGCAUGUCAUGCUCGGUGUGGGCCUACCAGUUUCUGCAGCAGCAGGAUAUCUUGCUGUGCAACUUGGAACCAGCACCUACAUUCGGCAACCGUUACCAACAGCUCCUGAGCCAGAGAGUGGUUUGGCUCUCAUUGCUGGAUCUUUCAACCCACCACAUCAAGGACACCUGGAAAUGGUGCGCUACCUCUCUGCCAGGUACCAGCGAGUCCAUGCGAUCAUUGGAGUCAAUCCCAACAAGAAGUAUGACGUCAGUCCGUAUGAGCGACAAGAGCUCUUUCGGGCCAUGCUGAAGGAAAUUGGCCUCACAAAUGUGGACGUGAUCAUUGUGUGGUCCUACAUUUGGAAGCAUGCCCAGCAGCACGGUGCCAAAGUCAUGUACCGUGGCUUGCGCAGCUUCCGAAAAGACGGAGCCUCUGAGAAGUGUUUGGAGCUGCAGAAUAUCAGCGGUCAACUUCUGCUUGGCCGUGUCCGUCCGAUUCCCACUGCAUACAUCCAAGCAGAUCCAAGGUUUUCCAUGGUGUCCUCGACCUUGAUUCGAGAGCGCCUGAAACGUGGGGAAUCCAUCACUGAGCUGGUCCCUGGCGGAUGUUCUGCUGUACCGAGCCCGGACCGAGCCCUGCGGGAAAAUGGGACCUUGCGUCAGCUGUGUAGUUUGGAAAUUUCUACAGUGGUCAACAAUGCGGCGAUCCUAGUGAGGCUAUGGCGCAAUGAGUGUACCCGUGUGUACGAAGAUCGCUUCAAUGAGGAUGCAGACAAGGCUUUCCUCAGUGAGAAGCAGCUGCACAACAUCAUCAAGACUCAGUUCCAGAAGAGUGCUGAUGUGGCCCUGCAAGAUCCCUUGGUCUGGGGAGACUUCCGAGACGCCCUGGACAUCCUGGUCAAGAGCGACACACCAUACUCUGCUCCCAGGGUUUACGAGGACCUGGGCAAUUGGGAAUCCAUUCGCCCGAUUUUCGAUGGGGUUCUUGAGCUUUACAAUGGUGACAACAGCCCCAUGAAUUUGGUCCUGUUCAAUGAUGCACUGGCCCACUUGCUUCGUUUGCAUCGCAUCAUUCGCCUGACUCGCGGCAUGGCCUUGCUCAUUGGAGUUGGUGGCAGUGGCAAGCAAUCGCUCACCAGACUGGCCACCUUUGCGGCUGGCUACAAGCUCUUCGAGAUCACACUUUCCCGCGGCUAUGGAGACGACCAGCUCAGAGAAGAUCUCAAGGCCUUGUACACUGCUACGAUCAAGCAACCCAUGAGCUUCCUCUUUACAGAUGCUCAUGUCGUGGAGGAAGGAUUCCUGGAGUACAUCAACAACAUCCUGACAGUUGGCAUGGUACCUGCAUUGUUCCCAGACGAUGAGAAGGAGCCAUUGGUGGGAGCUAUUCGUGCCAGGGCCCGGGGAGAAGGUGUGUCCGAGACGGGGAUGUGGGCCUAUGCCUGCGGCGUCGCUCGGUGCCGUGAAGGUCUCUGA